CUCUGGCGGGCGUGAGGAGCUGGCCCGCCGAGCUGCUGGUGGGCACGGCUGGAGGAGUCCUGCGGCCGCUCUGCCCGCUCUCCCGCCGCUUCUCGACACCCUGCCCCGCGGGCGCGCCCGCUCUCCUCCGGCCCGGGUGGGGGCGGUCGGCUCGCCUGCCCCUGCCUCCCGCUCCCCGCCGCCCCCUCCUCCCUGCUCUGGACUCGUCCGGGCUGGAGCGUGUCUGGAGGAAUCCGCCGCCGUGAGGCCCCUCGCCGGUUCGGCUCGUUCCUGAGGACCGCCCCGGUCGCCGCCGGGGGCUGAGCGGGCAGCCGGCGGCGAGGCGGGAGAUGGUGGGGUGGGCUCCGGCAGGACCGCGCCGCCGCCGCCCGGAGCCUGGGCUCGGCACCCCCCCGCCGGCCCCCACCGAGCGGAGCUCUGCUUCCUCCUCGCCGCAUCCCUGAGGGAAGCGCCGCCUCUGCUCCCGGGUUCUCCGCCCGCCCGCCCGCUCCUUCCUGGCCGGACCCCGCCGCGCUCCACCCCAGUGGCCAGAGGAGCCGCUCUCCAGUCAGCCUCGCAGCCCCCCGGCCUUUUUUCCUUUCCACCCACCCUCCCCGGCCUCCUCGGAUCCCUUGGCUGGGCGCUGAGGCGGGGGAAGAGGCUGGGGUCGCCACGGCGGAGGUUGUUGCCGCCACCCCCCUGCGGGGGUGGCCGGGGUUCCCGGCUGGGGGGGCACCGUUCCGGGUGAGGCAUCCACCAUGGUGAGGCCCUUGAGCCGCUGCCCCCGCGCCCCCCCGGCCGCCACUGCCUCCUGCCCCCCGGUGCUGCUGCUGCUCCUCCGCCUGCUGUUGCUCCUCCAUCUCCAGAUCGGAUCACGGUGAGGGAAAGAUGAGCGAGGAGACGGCGACUUCUGACAACGAUAAUAGUUAUGCACGAGUGCGAGCUGUGGUGAUGACCCGGGAUGACUCAAGUGGUGGAUGGUUACCACUUGGAGGGAGUGGACUAAGCUGCGUCACUGUCUUCAAAGUCCCUCACCAGGAAGAGAAUGGCUGUGCUGACUUUUUUAUCCGUGGAGAGCGACUCAGGGACAAAAUGGUGGUUUUGGAAUGUAUGCUUAAAAAAGACCUCAUUUACAAUAAGGUCACUCCAACAUUUCACCACUGGAAGAUUGAUGACAAGAAAUUUGGCCUUACCUUUCAAAGUCCUGCUGAUGCUAGGGCUUUUGAUAGAGGCAUUCGAAGAGCUAUAGAGGAUAUUUCUCAAGGAUGCCCAGCAUUUAAAAAUGAAGCUGAAGGUGCAGAAGAUGACUUACAAGCAACUGAAGAGGAUACUUCCAGUUCUCUAGUGAAAGAUCAUCUUUUCCAGCAAGAGACAGUUGUCACCAGUGAGCCUUAUAGAAGCUCAAGACCUUCUCCUUUUGAAGAUCUGAAUGCCAGAAGAGUCUACUUGCAAAGCCAAGCCAAUCAGAUAACAUUCAGUCAUCCAGGCCUAGACAUUCAGGGCAGAAGUAUAGAAUAUGUACAGCGGCAAAUAUCCAAGGAAUGUGGAAGCCUAAAGUCCCAAAAUAGGGUUCCUUUGAAAUCAAUCCGACAUGUCAGCUUUCAAGAUGAGGAUGAGAUUGUCAGAAUAAACCCUCGAGAUAUCUUAAUACGUCGCUAUGCGGACUACAGGCAUCCUGAUAUGUGGAAAAAUGACCUGGAGAGAGAUGAUACUGACUCCAAUAUUCAGUUUUCUAAACCAGACAGUAAAAAAUCAGACUAUUUAUACUCUUGUGGGGACGAAACUAAGUUAAGUUCACUCAAAGACUCUGUGGUAUUUAAGACACAGCCUUCCUCAUUAAAAUUUAAGAAAUCAAAACGAAGAAAAGAAGAUGGUGAACGUUCUCGCUGCGUAUACUGCCAGGAAAGGUUUAAUCAUGAAGAAAAUGGCAGAGGAAAAUGUCAGGAUGCUCCAGACCCUAUUAAAAGAUGCAUAUAUCAAGUUAGUUGCAUGCUCUGUGCAGAGAGCAUGUUGUAUCAUUGUAUGUCAGACUCAGAGGGAGAUUUUUCUGAUCCCUGUUCAUGUGACACUAGCGAUGACAAGUUCUGCUUACGAUGGUUAGCCCUAGUAGCUUUGUCUUUCAUUGUACCAUGUAUGUGCUGCUACGUCCCUUUGAGAAUGUGCCAUCGUUGUGGUGAGGCAUGUGGGUGCUGUGGUGGGAAACAUAAAGCUGCUGGAUGAAAGGAUCCAGGGCCAAAAUGAGCUUAAAUCUUUGUUUCCAGGAAUUAGCUAACUUGGAUUUGUGGAAGCUUUUGGCAAGCAAUAUGAAAUCUUGCCUGGUAUCAUUGGGGCCACACAUGGAGGAAGCAGAACUCUUCAGUUCUUGGCAUUUCACAGAUGCUAGCCAUGCCUAACUUUUUCCCUUGAGUACAUGGCAUGUUUUGUUACAGGUUGUAAAGAGUAUUUGCAAAAGGAAACCAUUUCUGGUUAUUGGCUAUAAAAAGUGGGCGUAAAAUAUGAUCCAACUAAAAGGGAUUUUUGGCAUUUUUGUAUAUUUGUGCAUUAGGUGAUGGGACUUGUAAAGGUUUGAAUUUUAAGACUAAAAGUGCACUAGGGGACAGUUGAUUUCAAUCUAAGAAAAGUUAACACUUGGGAAUUGUAAGAAGUAAAAUAAGUGCAACUAAAUCAUUUAUUAGUUGUUUUUUGAAAGCAGUUUUAUGUAUAUUAUAACAAAUGUUUAUAUUUAACUAAAAAUAAGGUACGAAUUAUUACAUAUUAAACUUUUCUUCCCCUUCCUAGUUCUAAGGUAGAUGUACAUAUAUCUACUAUCACAUUCCAUUAUAUUUUGAAUAUUUUACUCAUCUAGUUAAUAACGUUUUUAUUCCAUGUGAAUGAUUUGAUAUUUUCAUCCUCAUUUCCCUUUGGCGACAGUUUAUAUUGAGUUAUAUCUGUACAUUCUGGUAAUCUAAAAUCCUUAAAAAUAUUCUAAUAGCCUUGAGUGACCAACUUUUUUUUAAAGCACAGAUGUAAUUGUCUAAUGUUCUGAUGGGAAUGUAACACUUAUUUUUAUAUUAAAAGAGACUGAGUAAACAUUAUAGAAAAAAGUGAGGUUUUGGGGUUGUUGUGUUUUGUGGUAUUCAACCAGCAAGUUGUUUUCUUUCAGUUUCCUCCUUUGAAAAAUUAUAUUGCAUUUACAAAUGUUUUACAAGGCAAAAAAUGUAACUGGAUAGUCAUUAUAAAACAGUUUUCUCCUGAGAUCUCUAUUCAUCAUUCUGCUAAAUGACAAUAUGUUCAGCUGUGUUACUAAUUUUUUAGCUUAAUUCUCAGUACUUAUUAUUCACAUAACAGUAACUUUUCUCAGUUACAUUUUAUUUUAUUUAAACUGCCAAAAGCAAAAUUAUUUUACGUUAAAGUGUGUGCUAAACUAUCCCAGGAAUGUAUUUAAUCCAACAUUGUGAAUGAAAUAUCUUGUACAUAUAAAUUUAUUUCUUUUGCAGAACAUUGUAUUACUGGAUGUUUUAUUUACAAAGUAGUUGGAUAAAUGUUCCAACAAAUUGUUUAAAGUACUUUGGGGUCAAAUUGUCUUUUUUAAGUGUUACAUUAAAACUCUAACCAAGUAAGGGGUUCUUUAAGAACAUUCCCUUGGAUAAAGUUGAGAAGUGUGCCUUUUUUUUAAUGGCUUAAAGUUUCAGAAGUGAUAAAAACUAAAAUCACACUACCAUUUGAAGCUUAUUUUCUAUGCAGGUUUUAAAGUGUCAUUUAUGUAUCAUUCUUUUUACAUAUCACAUUUAGGCUUGUGUUCGCUUUCUUCUUUUGACCCAGAUCAAACUGAACAAUGUAUAUAACACUAUAUCUGUCUGUAAAAUACUUUUUUUUUAAGAAAGCAUUUAUAUUUAUAUGACAGCUUGAACUGACAACAUUGUGUAUAUAGAUCAUCUUGAAGUAUUAUUUCACAUUGAAAAGAAGAAAAAUAUAUUGUUAACUAUAGAUGUUAUGAAGAAGUUAUUUCUAGUUUUGUACUAAAAAUCAAUUGGAUGAACUAAAUCCAAAACAUGACACUGUAGCAGCAGUUUUAAGUCUUAUUUUUACUGUUUAUAUAUUUGGACGCUGCUACAUCAGAUGAUCUUCAUCCCUGAAGUUUUCAGCUAAACUCAGUUUCCUAGAAUAGACUGUUAACUUUCAAAAUUACUUUUUAUUGGUGAAAUAGAAAUAUUGGUUUUCCUUGUGAAUGAAUUUUCAUAUUUGUAAGUGCUGAGUUUAUAAUUCAGGUUUGAGCAAGGUGUGAAUAACUGAAGAAAAUAACUUGCUGGCUAUAUGGGAAAAUGCUGUGGACAUGAACUGUGUAUAUACUUCCGGGAAGAACAAAUUUAAUCAUUUCUCCUGUUAAGCACUAAUCGGUAUAGUGCAACUCCUGGUUCCGUACUGUAUUUUAUAUGCAACAUAUAUGCUUUAAAAUUUUAAUGUUUGUGCAUUAAUAUUUUCAAUUUGUUUAACCACUUUGCUGCUAAGAUUUUGCCGUCCCAUCCCCGUUUUUUCCUUUACAAUUUUAAACAAGUUUCUUCAUUAAAAACUAUGGUGAUGAAAUGGUUUUUAUUUCACCUUGGAUCUUUAUAGUUAGCACACUCAGUUUCCCAAUCAGUCUAGAAGACUAACUGAUAAUAUAAUGUUAACUGAAUCCCUAUGUGGAAAUCUUCUGGAGUAAAUUAGAAUUCUUAUGUGAAAACAAAUGGAUAGUUUGAAUUUCUUAAACAUGUGUAUAGGUAUGUUCAGGAACAUUUUCUCGUUCUGCAUACAGAUUUGGCACUGCCAAUUGGCUUUUCCUUUAAAACCUUUCUCUUUGUUUUUAAUCUAGUAGUAUAAGCAAAUGGCUAAACAACUGCUUAAGUAAUAGUAAAUAUUGAAAAUGAAAUCAUCUAGAUGCCAUGACAAGAAAGAUUUUGGUCUGGUCUGAUGGCUUGUUGUGUUCAGAAUUGAUAAUUCUUAAAUGAUUUCUCUGCUGCCUCACAGGGGAAUCAUUUGAUUUCUGAAGAAAUAUGAGGUGUGGAACUUCAGCACCACCUACUGGGUGAUUUAUAGACCAGAGACAUGAGGUGGCAAUCAGGAUCUGACAGGGUUCGUCAACUACCAGUACUAAAGGGCUAUUUAAGUGGUGGCGCCCUCCAAACGGGGAAAGCAGGAGUACAAAAUAUCUCCAAGGAACUGUAAAACCAAUCUUUUCCCUAAUGUGUCUUGUUGGUCACUGAAAGAUUUUAAGCGCUUUUUCUUACAUAUCCUGUUUUAACAUAUUUAUUGAUAUUUGGAACUGGCAAUCAAACUUAAUGGAUGUGCCGAAGCAUUUAUAGAACCGAUUCUUUUAACUCACAAAAGCCACUACCAAAAUGGUGUUCUUAUUUUUCCUCCCAUUACCAGUCAGGGAGAAUUUUUUAAAACAAUAAACCUGUAUUUCAUCAUGACAAUUUCAGAAAGUAUGUGUAUGUCUCUGGGAUGAUGUUGGGGCACGGGUUAAAAUUUAAAGGGGAAAACUUGAAACUACCUAUUUUCAUUGGUUAUUCAGCAGUGCCUAAAAUGAACUUUUGAAGUAAUACAAAUGCACUUUCAAUUCAUGUGUAUAGUGCCAUCUGAUAUCUUGGGUAAGUCUUGCUUUUUCUUUUCUUUUUCUCUCCCCCUUAAUUGAACACCACAGAGAUGUUGCUUAAUAUCCAUAUAAGUCUCCAAAGUACA